UGAUCACUCUCUGAACACAGACUCAGUCCUACCAACUGGUGAGAAAACGUGACCAACAAAAUCUCUCAGGCAGAUGCGAAUCUGAUAUAGACACCACGAUCAAGCACUUCUGGAUCGCUAAACUACCACAGAACUUCAGAAGGUUGGGAGCAAUCACAAAGAGUGGAUGUGUUGAUGGCUGACCCUACAGCAAGCACAGAGAAUGCCACAUGGACAAAUUUCUCCAUCAACAUUACCUGCCAGCUACCAUAUACUACUUAUCCAAGAUUUAUGCUGUAUGCAUAUUCAAUAAUUUGUGUAGCUGGAGCCAUUCUCAACUGCCUGGCUUUCUGCGUGUACUUCUGUUACAUUCCCAGCAACAACAGCAUCAUUGUUUAUUUGAAAAACCUGGUCAUAGCUGACCUCUUGCUGGUCCUGUCUCUGCCAAUAAGAAUCAUCGAACUGAAUGUAAUGCUCCCCAUUGAACUAAGAAAAAUCUACUGCAGUUGCAUAACCUCAAUCUUCUAUUUGAACAUGUAUUCAAGCAUUCUCUUCCUGGGAUACAUAGCAGCCAACAGAUACCUGAAGAUUGUGAAACCACUUAAUACGUAUGCAUUCCAGAAACUCAAAUCUGCAAAAAUUCUCUCCAUAGGAACCUGGUUUUCACUCUUUGCCCUUGGAUUGUCUUAUGCAUUCCUGAAGGGGGAAAAGACACCACAGACCAAUGUAAAAACAUCUUGCCUGGAACUUAGAAGUGGUUUUGGAAUUUAUUGGCACCUAACCAUCCAUAGUGGUGGUACAGUCUUGUUUUUUCUUGUGUUAACAGCCCUUUGUUUCUUCUACUUUCAAACCAUGAGACGACUGGAUAAAUCCCCAACUCCAAGUUCACGCAAGAAACAAGUCAAGGCGAAGAACAACAUUCUGAUUCUGCUUAUCGUAUUCCUAAUUUGCUUUGUUCCCUACCACUUCGUAAGGAUUCCUUACAUGUUGAGUCAGAUAAAUGUCAUUUCCAGUUGCUAUUGGAAAAAGAUGCUGUUAAACUUCAAAGAACCAACCAUAGUUCUGGCAACACUUAAUUCGUGCUUGGAUCCCGUGAUCUACUUUCUAUCUUGCAGGGCAUUUAGGUCAAAGUUAGGGCUGGAUAAAAAGGAAAGUGACAACGGUCCACAGAAAGAUCAGUCCUCGCGUGCUAACAUUUCACAAACUGUGCUAGACUCCCCUGGCAACAGCCACAUCAACAAUGUGAAUGACUGUAAUAUUAAUCUUGAAAACUUGAACUAAGUUUCACUCUGAAUCAUUCUACAUUACCAGAGAACUUAGCAACCCACUUUAAGAAGUGGUAAGAAGAUAGGUUGGAGUUACGGGGAAAAAAGACUGCAUUUCUAGAAUUCCUCCCCUGCUAUUGGAAUGGACCAGAGUCAUUCACAUCCAUUGACUGAUUUUGAAAUGCAGUUGGAGUUCCUCAUCUGGUGAAAAGGUGACACAUAACAUCUCACAAAGCUGAAAUAAAAUCAGCUAUUUUUGGUGAUGUGGUCUGAGAAAUACAUUUUCACAGCCAAAAAAAAGGAAGAUGUGAUAAGUUUUACAACUAUAAUCUCCAGUGGCAAGGAGCUUCACAAAGAUUCAAGUCUCUCAACAUGAAAUUAUUUCAUCUACAUACGUUCCAUCAUACAUUUGAAUUAAAUUUCAUACUAAUAUGGAUGCUCAGAGCUGUCAUUAGAUGUAAAGUCUUGUGACCUUGCACCUUAUUGCACUGCACUUUCUCUGUAGCUGUGACACUUUACUCUGCACUGUUAUUGUUUUUACCUGUACUACAUCAAUGCACACUACUAACCCAAUGUAACUGCACUGUGUAAUGAAUUGACCAGUACGAUCGGUAUGCAAGUUUUUCACUGUACCCCGGUACAAGUGACAAUAAUAGACUAAUACCAAUA